AUGAUCAAGUAUAGGCUGUGUUCGACCAAUCUGUGUUUUCUGUUGAGACAAAGCAGAAACUUGGCAUCUUGCCCUCUGCAGGUGGAGGAGGUUCCAGUUCCCUCAGUUUAUUCAGCACCUCCUGCUGACCACAAAACUCUCUGCUUCUCUUUAGUAGAGCAGCUCCUGGGCCACGGUUUGUUUUCCUGUGCUCAGGGAGUUAUUCAAAGAAUAAUUUCUCAAUGUUCAUCGAUACCUGAAGCCUUGUCUGCCAUUAAUUUUGCUGUAGAGCGAGGUAUGGAGCUUGAUUCAGAUAGUUACAGUUUUCUUAUUCAGAAACUUGUUUGUUGUGGUGAAGCCCAGUUGGCGGAGUCAUUGUAUGUAGAUUUUCUUUUGAGUAGAGACAUCAAGCGGAAUUUGUCUUUGUUGAAUUCUAUGAUUAUUUGUUAUUGUGAGUUGGGAAAGUUAGACGAAGCAAAGUUGUGUAUUGAUAAGGUUUUUGGAAUGAAAUCUUUACCAAUUCAUGGAGCUUGCAGUGCAUUGAUUAAACAAUUUUGUGCUCAGGAUAGAUAUUUAGAGGGGUUUGGUUAUUUUGUAAAGAUCAGUGACGCUGAUAUUUUGCUUAAUUCCAUGUGUUAUAAUAGGUUGGUUGAUAAUUUGUGCUACCGAGGAUACUUGGAUGAGGCGCUGUAUGUGUUUGAUGUAAUGUGUGAUAACGGAGUGCCUCCAACUGUACAUUUGUGCAAGUCAUUAAUUUUUGAAUUCUGUAAGAGGGGACGGGUAGAGGAGGCAGAGUUGUUGAGUGCAGAAAUGGAAUCGUAUGGGUUUUACAUGGAUAAAGUGCUGUACACUUCUCUCAUUUAUCAGUACUGCAGAAAAAAGAAAAUAAAAUUGGCCAUGAGAUUGUUUCUUAGAAUGAUUAAAAUGGGAUGUGAACCAGAUAACCAUACUUACAACACAUUGAUUGACGGGUAUCUGAAUUUGGGUUUGUUUGACAAAGGUUGGGUGUUGCAUAACCUGAUGUCAGAGUCGGGGUUACAGCCUGAUAGUGUAACUUACCAAAUCAUGAUUAGCAAGUACUGUAAGGACCACAAGGUUGACUGCGCACUGACACUCUUGAAUAACAUGAUUCGGUGCAAUAUAAAGCCUGCUGUACAUACUUACACAGUCUUAAUUGCUGCCCUGUUUGAGGAGAAUAGAUUGCGACAAGUGAACCAAUUGUUCAAUAUGAUGCUAGAUAAUGGACUAGUUCCAGACCACGUGCUCUUUUUUACCCUUGUAAAGAACCACCCAAAAGGAUCUGAGCUUCUGCUAGUGUUAGAUGUUGUUCAGGCUAUUGCUAGGAAUGGUUGUCAUAGGGAUAUUUCAACCUUUUCUACCUCUACUAGCCUCAAACAUACGAGGGAUAUCAUGGAUGAAAUCGAAAAGGUUCUUGAGGAAAUUUCUGAAAUCAACUUGUCUUUUGGUGAAACGGCUUUUAGUAUAUACAUGAUUGCAUUGUGCUAUGGAGGAAAACUUGAUUAUGCUCUUCCCUGUAUUGAUAGAAUGGUAAGUCACGGUUUCCUGCCUCUUCUUUCUGCCUAUAACUCCUUGAUUAAGUGUCUUUAUCAGGAAGGGUUAGUUGAAGAUGCCAAAUACCUUGUGGAUAUUAUGCAAGAUCAUGGACUUGUUCCGGACAUAGGCACAUUCCUAAUAAUGGUUCAUGAGCACUGUAAACGGGGUGACUUUCUAUCAGCCUUUGAUCUUCUGGAUGAAAUGGAAGAAAGGGGACUGAAACAAGAUGUUUCUGUGUAUGAUACUAUCAUAAGUCAUUUGGGUAGAGAAUUUAGAGUAUUAGAGGCAGAAAAGUUGUUUCAUAGGAUGCUCGAGGCUGGUAUAGAACCUGAUGAAACUAUCUACGCCACAAUGAUCAAUGCUUAUUCAAAGAGUGGACUAGCUACUAAAGCACACAAGCUAUUUGAGAAGAUGUUACAACUUGGUGUACAACCAAGUUCCCAUUCUUAUACUGCCCUUAUAAAUGGGUUGAUUAAGAAAAACAUGACUGAGAAAGGUUGCGUCUACAUUGAUAGAAUGUUGGAAGAGGGUAUUAUGCCUAAUGCAGUUUUUUACACCUCUCUAAUUAAUCAAUUCUUGAGGAAGAGGGAGUUUGAAUUUGCAUUGAGGCUGGUUGAUUUGAUGGAAAGAAGCUGUAUUGACCCUGACUUGAUCACACAUAUUACAUUGGCUAGUGGCAUUUGUAGAAACAUCAGGCGCAAUGAAAGGAAACAGCCACCUAAAAGGUGGAAAAAGAUAAAAGGGAAAGAAAAGUCUAAGAAGGAAAAGGAAAUGUUAUUCCGAUUACUCCAUAAGCAAAUCAUGUUGCCAAGCGAUACAACCUUGAAAGUAGCAAUACGUUCACAGGAAGAUAUGAAAAUUUUUGCAUUGAGAUUGAACCAGAAAAUUAAAAAUGCUGCAUUUAUGCCAAACUUGUUUCUGUACAAUGCCAGGAUUUCUGGGUUUUGUUGGACACAAAGGAUGGAAGAGGCGUACACUUAUCUUGAUCUUAUGCAAAGUGAAGGAUUACGUCCUAAUGAGGUCACUUUCACCAUUUUGAUAGAUGGACAUCUCCGAAUUGGUGAAACUGAUCUUGCUGUUGGGUUAUUUAACAGGAUGCAUGCAAGUGGUUGUUUUCCUGAUAGGGUUGUGUAUGAUACUUUGAUUAAAGGCUUUUGUAAGGUUGGGAGGCUCCAAGAUGCAUUAUCUGUCUCACAUAUGAUGCAGAAAAGGGGCUUCUCUCCUUCUCGGGCAUCUUAUGAAAAUCUACUCAAUGUCUUCUGUGCUCUUUAUUCGAGCGAUCAUGCACUGAAGAUAGUUGAUGAUAUGCUUGCCCAUGGGUACAUUCCCUGUCGUUACAACCUUGGUUGGUUGAUGUGGUUAUUACGUGCAGACAGCAAAGUUCAUGAGGCUCAUAUUGUACAUGAUCUACUGCUUAUAAAAGAAAGGGCAGUGUCUGACAAUCUUUCGAUCGGUGUAUGAUAAAAUGGAGAAAUUAAAGGCAGAAUCUGAUUGUUACAAGAAAGAUCUUGUAUAUCUUGAGCACAUUGGGACUUGUCAUUGUUGUGAUGAGAAAUUGACAACUUAAAUGAUCCCACAUCGUGAAUUUUCUGAACUUGGACUUUUUCUUGAUCGGGACAAGCACAUUCAACACUUGAGAAUUUUCUUUUGGAGAAUGCUGAUGCUUGUUGACCCUGGGUUCGAUAACAUUGCCAUGUAACUUAAUAACACCAGGUGAUUUAAGAAGCUGGAGGGGGAUUUGAACUCAGGAUCUCUAAUUCCUCAGGCCUCAACAUUAGCCACUAGGCCCUUCAAUAAUUUGUUUCCAGAAACUGGAUAGGUUUGGGACAGUUAAUGCCUAUCUGGAGUUUCUGUCCUAAAGAAAGGAGGCAAUUUUUGUUAGCAAGAGAUUUUGUUCCUGUACAGCCUUCCAGCAGGAAAGUCAAGCCAGUUCAGAUUUUGAGGCUUCAGGGUUUCAGGGACCAAUGUAUUGCUGAAAGAGAUCAUUUAUAAAGGUACCAGAGUGGUAGUUGCUGAAGCAAUACUCAAGAUUCUUCACAGUGAUCAACCCAAAGGAUUUUUCUGUCUGCACCUAUAAACAGAGCACAUAAUCUGCUCACGAGAGGGCUCAAAAAGAGAGCUCAGACUGUUGUAUGUUUCGGGUGAAUGAUGUAUUCUUUGAGCUGGAUGGCAUUCGUGUCAGUAUCGUAGCCUCUUGUCUUUAUGCGUGAGAAGACUUGGAAAAUUUAAGUUGAUUUUAUCCAUUUUCUUGAGCAGCUCUCAGCUGCAUGGUGGAGGAAUAAAGGCCGGAGAGUUCAGUGAUAUUUUUCCGGUUGAUGCCAAAUCAGUCAUAUUUUUAGGUUGAUGCCAAAUCUGAAACAGGACCAGAGACAGUGGUCCCUGUAACGAACUUUGCAAUUGAUAAAACCAUUGUUGUUGUGACUGGUGCACCAAGAAAUCGUUCUGGUUGGUUUCAUUCCAAAAUCACAAGAAGAAUGGACUAAUGAAAUCUUACUUUGAGGCUCCGCGAGGGUGGCCGUACAGGAAACUUGAUCCAAGGGUCAUAACAAAUCUAGAAGGCAGCUCAAAUGAAAAAUUCAGCUCUCUACCAGCAUUUCGGAUAUAAACUGACUUCAUGAGUUGCAGACCAACUGGAGUGUUAUGUAUCACGCGAGUAAUGUGUGAACUUGUAUUUUCACCAAACUUACUUUCAUACACUAAACCGUUUAUGCUGUAUAAAUUUCCACGGUAUGCAUUGGUUUCUAUUGGCCUGA